UGACCUUCCUUCAACUCCGCUCACAUCGAUCACAUCUCGAGUAUGACAGAAGCCAUGGACAUCGACGAGCCCACACCGGCGCCGGCUCCACCCGCCAACGCCAUGGCAGCGCUCAUGGCUGGUGCUAAGGCUAAGGGCAAGCAGAAGGAGACCGCGGUGGACGCGCGCGAGGGCCUGCCAUGGGUUGAGAAGUAUCGUCCGGAGAGCCUCGACGAUGUUGUAUCGCACCAGGACAUUACUGCUACAUUGGAGAAGUUCAUCGAGGCCGGCCGAUUGCCACAUCUCCUUCUCUAUGGGCCACCAGGUACUGGAAAAACGUCCACGGUGCUCGCACUCGCACGUCGACUAUACGGCCCAACAUUCAGGAAGCACAUUCUUGAGUUGAACGCGUCCGACGACCGCGGCAUCGACGUCGUGCGUGACCAGAUCAAGAGUUUUGCGGCGACCAAGGUGCUCUUCUCCAAAGGUGGUUUCAAGUUGAUCAUCCUCGACGAAGCAGACAUGAUGACCCAGGCUGCACAGGGCGCCCUCCGCCGGGUCAUCGAGCAGCACACAAAGAACGUGCGGUUUGCGAUCCUCUGCAACUACGUGAACAAGAUCACACCGGCCAUCCAGAGUCGUUGCACGCGUUUCCGCUUCUCCCCGCUGCCAGAGAAGGAAGUGGCGCGUAAGGUCGAUGAGGUGGUUGAGAAAGAGGGCGUCACCUUGACAGCGGACGGGCGGGCAGCGCUGCUGAAGCUGGCGCGCGGCGACAUGCGCCGUGCACUCAACGUGCUCCAGGCGUGUCAUGCUGCGUAUGACAACGUCGACGAGACGGCUGUGUACAACUGCACGGGCAACCCCCACCCAGAGGACAUCAGGGCGGUUGUAGAGAGCAUGAUGUCUGACGAGUUUGGGACAGCAUUCUCCCGCAUCACGGCUCUCAAGGCCGAGAAGGGUCUCGCACUGCAAGACCUCAUUGCGGGCGCUUACGACUUCCUAGAGACAGUUGAGCUGCCCGUUCAGUCGCGAGUGUACCUCCUCGACCAUCUCGGGCAAGCAGAACAUCGCUUGUCUCUCGGUGGCUCAGAGAAGAUGCAGCUUUCGGCAUUGCUUGGCGCAUUCAAGGUCGCCGUCGAGCUAUCGCAGAAGAAGGCGUAGAUCCGGCUUCAACUGUAUAUGCAUGCACACUGUAACGUACAA